GCACAGGGCGUGGCGGCCAUUUUGUUUGGGACAUCGAGCGGGAGGUGGCGGCUUCUGUGGCAGCAGUGGUGGCAUAGAGAAAAGGGCUGGCCGGGUGAGCAGACGGGCCGACCAAACAAACAACGAACUAGCCUAGCAGACUGUUGCUUACUUAUCUUAACCAACCGCCCACCAAGUUAUCCCGAGCCCCCCAUCAAUUCAGGUUCGGCCGGUCCCCGGCCCGCCUGCCGCAGCCGUGGUGGCAGCCCCGGGAGGAGCACUGGCGUCCGUUUCCUUUGAUUCUCGAGAUUUGAAGAUGGCUGCACAAUCAGCUCCGAAAGUUGUGCUAAAAAGCACCACCAAGAUGUCUCUAAAUGAGCGCUUUACUAAUAUGCUGAAGAACAAACAGCCGAUGCCAGUGAAUAUUCGGGCUUCGAUGCAGCAACAACAGCAACUAGCCAGUGCCAGAAACAGAAGACUGGCCCAGCAGAUGGAGAAUAGACCCUCUGUCCAGGCAGCAUUAAAACUUAAGCAGAGCUUAAAGCAGCGCCUGGGUAAGAGUAACAUCCAGGCACGGUUAGGCCGACCAAUAGGGGCCCUGGCCAGGGGAGCAAUCGGAGGACGAGGCCUGCCCAUAAUCCAGAGAGGCUUACCCAGAGGAGGACUACGUGGGGGACGUGCCACGAGAACCCUACUUAGGGGCGGGAUGUCACUCAGAGGUCAAAACCUGCUCCGAGGUGGACGAGCCGUAGCUCCCCGAAUGGGCUUAAGAAGAGGUGGUGUUCGAGGUCGUGGAGGUCCUGGGAGAGGGGGCCUAGGGCGUGGAGCUAUGGGUCGUGGCGGAAUCGGUGGUAGAGGUCGGGGUAUAAUAGGUCGGGGAAGAGGGGGCUUUGGAGGCCGAGGCCGAGGCCGUGGACGGGGGAGAGGUGCCCUUUCUCGCCCUGUACUGACCAAGGAACAGCUGGACAACCAAUUGGAUGCGUACAUGUCAAAAACAAAAGGACACCUGGAUGCUGAGUUAGAUGCCUACAUGGCACAGACAGACCCUGAAACCAAUGAUUGAAACCUGCCCACCCUCCCAUGAGAGACUCUUGUUGACGUCACCACAUCUGUAAAUGUUCUUCAAACAACUGAUGAGAAGAAACCUGAUUGAUGCUGGAAGGACCUGUCACAACAGGCUCUGGACUUAUUUGCCACCAGUUUGCAUUUAGUGUGUUCCUUUUACUUUUUGAUACUGUGUUGUAUGAAACCCUUUUCCUUUGA